AUGGUGACUUACACGUAUCAGGGUGCAUUUGCUUUUUACGUCUCGGCAUCGAAACCGGUUGCGGUUAUUGCUACAGUGCGGUCUCUAACAACCUCAUCUUUAUCCGAAGCUACAAGUGACUUUGGCUGCUUCAUGCCGCCACCCUGUUCGCAAGAAGAUGACUCGACCCGCGAUUUGACCGACACUCACCUAACGUUGCUUACGGACGCCGAAUAUUUCAUGUUUAACAAAAUGUGGUUCCCAGUUUCCAAUCAAAGUAUUUCGAUUUACGGCACCAGCGGUUAUAGGAGUAUCAUGGAAACUAGUUUAUGGCAGAGCUUAGAUAUUGUGCAUUUCAACUCGAGCAUCUAUGGAAACAAUGUAGGAGCACAGUCCACGUAA